UUGGCAGGUGUCCAGCUCUGCAUGGUUCUGUGGAAGUAGGAUUUGCUCACAAUAAUGUGUUUAGGAGCAUGUUAAUAUAUUAUGAGCAGUUCAGUUCAGAGCACCUCAGUGCCACCAGUCUAUCAUUUUGCCUGUUCACAACAGUGAAUGCUGGUUAGAUGAGUGCCUGAAGUCAGUUUGGGAACAAGAUUUUAAAGGAACCAUGGAGCUGUCAAUUUUUAAUGAUGCCAGUAAGGAUGGUUCAGCUGAAAUAAUUGAAAAAUGGAAGAUCAAGUUGGAGGAAGUUGGUAUUUCAGUAAUCAUUGGAACCAACAAUUCCUCUCAGCCUCGAGGUGUUGGAUUUGCUAAAAAUCAAGCAGUAAUUCAGAGCUCAGGAACCUAUCUCUGCUUUCUGGAUUCAGAUGAUGUGAUGAUGCCACAGCGGGUUAGGCUGCAGCACCAAGUUGCCAUUCAACACCCAAACAGUAUUAUUGGUUGCCAAGUCAGAAGAGAGCCAGUGGACUCCACUGAACGAUACACUCGCUGGAUCAAUAACCUCAGCCAGGAGCAGCUCCUUACACAGGUGUUCACCUCCCAUGGGCCUACUGUGGUCAUGCCAACCUGGUUCUGCUCUCGAGAAUGGUUUUUUCACGUGGGAAGAUUUGAUGAGGGGGGAAAGGGUGUCCCAGAGGAUUUGUUGUUUUUUUAUGAGCAUCUCCAGAAGGGUGGGGGAGUCUUUCGAGUGAACUGCUGCCUCCUGCUGUACCGGUACCACCCCCAGGCUGCCACUCACUCUGUCCUAGAGGAAACCAUCUGGAAUCACCGAGUCAGGUUCCUUGAGGACAGAGUCCUGAGCUCCUGGACAUCAUUCACCAUUUGGAAUGCUGGCAAGCAAGGCAAGAAGCUCUACAGAAGCUUGUCACCAGCUAAUCAGAAAAAGGUAACUGCAUUUUGUGAUGUCGAUGGAAAGAAAAUAACCAAAGGAUUCUACACUUAUGAGGAAUCUGAGGAGAGACCAAAACCAAAAAUUCCUGUGUGUCACUUCAGGGAUGCAACUCCACCCUUCAUCAUCUGUGUCAAGCUGGACUUGACAGGGGGAGCCUUUGAAGCAAACCUGGCCACGCUGAACCUGAAGGAGGGCAUGGAUUAUUAUCACUUCAACUAAAGCAAGAGGCAGUGCUGCAAUGCUGUGUCUGCACCAGCUCAUGUCAUCAUCUUGCUGCUGAAAUGGAGAAAUUCCUUCCCCAGGAAGGGCAGAGGAGCAGUGGCUGCACAUCUGUGUCUGGAAUGCGGCGCUGCCAGCCUGGAAUGCUCUCUGGAAUGGGGCUGCAAGGGCCUCAGGCAGCAGCUCCAGCCAUCCCACGUGUUCUGCAGCUGGCUGGGAACAUCCUCAGGGACACCUCCAUGAGAAAAGCAGCCCCUGGAGCACAUUCC